AAGACAGAGGACAUUUGCAGCAUUACAUUAAGAUUUUAGAAAUAAUUUCUGCCUGAAUUUGCUGUUUGAUGUGUCCUUGUUUGUCAGAACUAAUUGACAAGCAGUUUUGGAUGGUCUUUAUUGGGCAGCUAAUUGAUUAGGUGACAUUUUAAUGUUUUUGAACGUAAACAAAAAACUGCUCAUGAUAAAUUAUGUAAAACUAGAUUAAGUAAAACUAGGAGAGAGAAAUUGUUUUACCGAUCAAAACAUCAGCGAGCUGGUUGGAUUGUGUGUAACUGAAAAAAAAUCCGAAAUGUGGGAAUAAUUGAAGCAUGCUCGAAGAGUUUAUAGCUGGAAUUGUUUCAGAGACUCAGCUUGACUGGUUAAAGCUCCUGAGGAUACAGAAGUGCGCUUAUGGAUCUGAGCAUUGUGAAAGAUGAGCAUGUACCCUUCCCGGUUGAGACAACUGCCGCUCAUCACACCUCUGCUCCUCCUGUCCUGACCUCUCACAGUCCAGUUCUGAAUCAGGGUCUUGCGGCUGGCUUUAAGAGGGUGUUUCGGACAGAGGAGGAUAGCCCAUGCCCAUUUCCCGGGCUGCUCCCAGGCGUUUUGGAGAUGCGCGUUAAAGAAGGCAGCAAGAUCCGCAACCUGAUGGGCUUUGCUAUGGCACGGAUGCAGUGCAAGGAAGGAAAUAGCGAACAGGUCGGACUGAGACAGGUGGUGUUCACUGGGUCGGGUCGGGCUGUCACCAAAACCAUCACUUGUGUAGAGAUAAUGAAGAGAAAAGUGGGUGGACUCCACCAGCUAACUAAACUGCGCUAUAAAGGUAUUCGGGAGCUGUGGGAGAGUCAGGAAGGAGGCGGUGCCAAAAUGACCGUCCACAGAACUGUGCCAUCUAUCAGUAUCCUUCUCUCCAAGGACCCGCUGAACCCCCUUGAGCCAGGAUAUCAGCCCCCUGAGAUGCAGAGCGUGCUCUGGGAGGAAAGACAAGAUAGUGAUGCAGUGUGUAGUGACGCAGGAAAGAGGCAGUUUGACUACAAUGUCAUACAGAGCGAAACACAGUCAAAAAGAUUUUGCCCUCAAGGUGGAAUCUCUUUAAAUUAACCAUUCUGGCUAAUGGGGUGAUCAGAACCACUUGCUGAGACUGCAAAGCUUUUGCAGAGGAAAUCUGAAGGUAGUUUGUUUGCACAGUUUGUUAUAAUAUUUACAGACUGUGCUUUGGACUGAAAUGACAAAUGGAAAUCAAGCCUUCAGCUGGACUGGAUAAGUUUAUCUGCUCAUUUCUAUUACAGUAUAUAUGUACACUUGCACGUUUUGCCACCGUAUGGUACCACUACUUCUCUCUCCAUUGUUCACUGCCGGUGCUUAAUGUUUCUAUGGAUGUGAGUAGUGUGAAAAGUUGUCUCCUUUGUAAUUAAACACAGUAUACUCAUACUUAAUUAGCACAAACUCUUUUGCAUAAAAGUGCAACUCUUCAGCACAAGGUGAGCGGAUUUUACCACCAAGGGAAAAAAGCAUUAGAUUUAAAUAAAUGAAUAAGCUUACAAGCUGAAGUUGUGACUGGAUUCACCCUGUCAUAAUCACAGACAUAGAAAAGAAUGCUGUAUUAAAUGAAAAA